GCCCGGCGCGAGCAGCAGCGGGACCAGCGCAGCAGGGAGGAGGAGAUCCUGAUGGUGGAGGUGAAGAAGGCCAUGGCGGCGCGCUGGCGGGCGGAGCGGGAGGAGCGCCAACGUGCGGAGGCAGAGGCAGCGUGGCGCGCGGCUGAGGCGGAAGCUGCGGCCCGGCGAGCGCAGCUGGAGCAGCGCCAGGCAGCCAAUAAAUUGCGGCUGCAGAUGUGCAAGGAGGCCAAGGAGCGACAGCGGCGCGACGAGCAGCGGCGGGCGGCCGCGGAGGUCGCUGUGAAGGCCGCACUGGCGGCACCCACUCCGCAGCAGCUGCAGCGUGUGGCGGAGCGCAGCGCCGCCACCUUCCAGCGCCGCCAGUCGCUGCUAGCCAGCUACGAGGCGCAGCGCGGUCGCCGGGAGCGAGUGCAGCAACAGCUACUGGAAAAGGUGCAUGUGGACGUCCCAGCUGACCCCUCCCGGCUGCUCAAGGGCACAGCGGCACACAUGCUGCGCGUGUUGGCACAGCAGGCGGAGGAACGUAAGGCCCGGGACAGCGGCUUCAUCCUGCAUGUCAGCAGCCGGGUGACACCCACCUGGCGGGCGGGGCUGCAGGGUCCAUGA